AUGUCUUCAAGUCUGGACACUACAUCCAAGGAUGCCUCUCCUCUCACAUUCAAACCAUUGGCCAUAUGUGGCAUGUCAACACGCCUCCCUGGCGGAAUCAGCUCUCCAGAAGAUCUCUGGGAAUUCUUGUUGAAAAAGGGAGAUGCAUGUGCCAGGAUUCCCCCCUCACGAUGGGCCACGCAUGGGCCACAGGGAAACUCUCCGGGCCACGACGUAGAGAGUACCGACAGCCCGGACACGCCACACUGGAAAACCCACUCGUAUAUGUUGAACGAUAUCGACAUUGGGGCCUUUGAUGCUGGCCUCUUUUCCAUGACACGAGCCGAGUUGGGCAUGGUAGAUCCUCAACAACGGCUUCUUCUAGAGAUUACUCGUGAAUGUCUAGAGAGCGCUGGGGAGAUGCAAUGGAGGGGCAAAGACGUAGGGGUAUACAUCGGUACAUUGGGUGAAGAUUGGAACGACGUGCAAUAUCACGACCGACAUGAUUUGCACACAUACAAGGUCACCGGGACAGGAGAUUUUGUACUCUCCAAUAGAAUCUCCUACGAGUACGAUCUCCGGGGGCCCAGCUUGACAGUAAGGACAGCUUGCUCUUCAUCUCUAUACGGCCUGGAUCUGGCCUGCCAGGCGAUUCACUCAGGCCAGGCAUCCAGCGCCCUAGUUGGUGGUGUAAAUCUAAUGACGAAUCCUAAUAAAACCGAGACGAUGAUGCACUUCGGAGUGCUUAGCAAAGGUGUCUCGUCCAAGUCAUUUGAUGCCGACGCUGACGGUUAUGCCCGCGGGGAAGCCGUGUCCAUGAUCUAUAUCAAGAAGCUAGAGGAUGCUAUCCGCGAUGGCAACCCGAUCAGAGCUGUGAUCCGGUCCGCGGUAAGUAAUGCAGAUGGAAAGACCUCGGGCCUAACGAAGCCCAGCGGCGCAGUUCAUGAAUCUCUCAUACGCUCCGCAUAUCGUGCUGCCGGUCUUGAAAGAGAGAUAGGACGUACAGGAUUUUUCGAGUGCCACGCGACUGGCACCUCGAGUGGAGAUCCCCAGGAAGCUGGCGCAGUGGGCAGAAUCUUUAAAGCCCACGGGGGUAUUUACAUGGGAUCUAUAAAGCCUAACCUCGGCCAUGCUGAAGGUGCUUCGGGACUUAGUUCGCUCAUGAAGUGCGUUAUGGCCUUGGAAAACAGGACGAUACCACCUCAAAUCAAGCUGAACAAACCGAACCCGAACAUUCCGUUCAAGAGAGCUGGUCUCCGUGUUCCCCUGGACGCUGCACCGUGGCCAGAGGACCGAUGUGAACGCGCGAGCAUCAACUCAUUUGGCGUUGGGGGAGCCAACUCUCAUGUCAUUCUCGAAUCUGCCGCCUCGUUUGGGGUGCCACCAAGUGCUUCUGUUACCUCAAACGGGGUUCCUCCCACCACCAACGGCGCUCAUCCUACCUCAAAUGGGGUUCAUCCUACCUCGAAUGGGGUUACUCCUACCUCAAAUGGAGUCCAUCUCACCACAAACGGACAUACUGUAACCAAUGGAACACACGCUACUAUUAAUGGAGAAGAUACUCUGGCUAACGGAGCUUUUGCUGUUACAAACGGGGCAACUGUUGAGAAGAACGUCCAAACCAAAGCUAAUCGACUUGUACCGUUUACGGCAAAUGACGCUGAUUCAGCCCGUCAAGGCGCCGUGAAGCUCAGCAGCUUUCUUGCCAGCCACCCGGACCACUUAGAUGAUGCCGCCUACACGAUCGGGAUGCGGAGGCAGCACUUUCCGUAUCGUUCUUUUGCUGUGAUGAACAAGGAAGAUGCCGCCAGCCAGGUGACAUUUACAGCCCCUACACGAGCCUCCCCGAUGCAACGCACAGUUGUAUUUGUCUUCACCGGACAAGGGUCCCAGUGGCCCACGAUGGGGUCCGCACUGCUCUCCGACUAUCACGCGGCAAUGGAGGAUGUUCUGCGAAUGGACAAGGCGCUGGCUUCACUAGGCCAAGAUGUUGCCCCUGCGUGGAAUCUAGCAGAGCAACUCAGGCUGCCCAAGGAAAGCAGUCAAGUAUACAAGGCAGACUUCUCCCAGCCCUUGUGCACGGCUGUACAAAUUAUCAUAGUCAAUCUUCUGCGGAGCUGGGGCAUCGAAUGCGCCGCCGUCAUCGGGCAUUCGAGUGGAGAGAUCGCGGCUGCCUACGCGGCUGGGGCUUUGAGCAUGGAAGAAGCCAUCAUCUGUGCUUAUCUACGCGGAAGGGCCACUGUCAAGUACCGGACCAAGAUGCCACAGGGGGGAGGCGGCAUGGCCGCUAUUGGUCUUGGGUCGAAGCAGGUUCAAAAAUACUUGACCGACGGGGUGGUGGUCGCUUGUGAAAACAGCCCAUUGAGCACCACAAUAUCGGGAGAUAAUGACAAGUUGGUCGAGGUCCUUGAUGCCAUCAAAAAGGACCAACCUGAGGUGUUCGCUAGGCGCCUCGCCGUUGAUAUGGCCUACCACUCUCACGUGGACGGUGCGCUCGGUGCGGCAUACUGGCGAGCUAAUCUGGAGUCCCCUGUGCUCUUCAACACAGGACUAAAAACUCUUCUACAGCAGACAGGAGGCAAUACUGUCUUAAUCGAAAUAGGACCACACUCUGCACUUUCAGGGCCCAUUCGCCAGAUUCUCAACGAGUCGUCCAAUAAAUCACCCCCUCUAUACGUUCCCACUCUGAUUCGCUCCGAGAACGAAAGCAAGGCACUGCUCACCACCGCCGGUCAACUCUUCUGUCAAGGUCAGAGGCUUCGAUUUGAUGCCAUCAACCCCAUCGGCCAUGUUCUCCCUACACUACCAACCUACCCGUGGAAUCACAGUACUAGUUACUGGUACGAGAGCCGCGUCUCCCGUGAGUAUCGGGGCCGUGGUUUCGCCCAUCACCCCAUCAUCGGUAGCCGAGUUGUCGAAGCCAGUUCUCUGGAGCCUCUUUGGCGCAACUGGCUCCGCAUCGAGGACAUCGAAUGGUGUCAGGACCACAAGAUUGGCAGUGAUGUCGUGUUUCCUGGAACUGGCUAUCUUGCGAUGGCAGGUGAGGCCUUGCGACAACUCUGCCCAGAAGCUCAAGAUAUCUCCUUCCGGCAAGUGACCAUCUUGUCGGCGCUGGUUCUGGGAGGAACCGAGGCCACGGAGACACUUCUGUCCAUGCGUCGGCACAAGGUGACUAACCUCCUAGACUCGGCAUGGUGGGAAUUCAGCAUCUCGUCCUACAACGAGACGUCACAGCUAUGGAACAAGCACGCUUUUGGCCAGGUACGAGACGGAAGAAGCGAGAGCGACGACGGCCGUGGCCAGGAGAUCGUCCACCUGCCACAUGAAGUUGACUCGGGAUAUUGGUACAACACAAUGCGAAGCGUAGGGCAAAAUUACGGACCGCGAUUUCAAAGGCUAGAUCGCGUUUCAACUCAUCUGCUUGAGAAUGAGGCUGUGGCCGACCUGAAACCGGACGAGGCAGACCCCAACUACCUGUUCCUGCACCCGGCGACCUCGGAUGCCUGUAUGCAGCUCUUCUCAGCCGCCAUGGCCCACGGCCAGGCCCGUUCGUUGCACGUCAAGGCGGUUCCCACCUACAUUGGCGAGGCUUACUUCAAGAGGACAAGCGCUUACAAAGAGGGCAAGAUAACCGUCGGAGCAUCUAUCGACAACCAUAUACCCGGAUCGCCAAUGGUUGGCACUUGUGUUGCAGUAGACGCGGCUAACGCGGUGGUGCUCCGCCUCAAGGAUGUGAAGUUGACACCACUGGAUGAGGGUGACAAUGAUGUCAUAACUCAGCAACAACAGAAGCAACAAGUUCCCAAUGCCAGCAAGGAUCCUCAUGCCGGUGCACGGCUACGGUGGCGGCCCGACUUCGACUUUCAGGAUGCCAGUCAACUCAUACGAUCCCAAUCCUCCUCAGACGGCAUGGUUAUACGAAAACAGGCUUAUACCCUGCUCCAGAAACUUUUGCUCUUAUGCUGCUUGACGGCUCAAGACGAAUAUGGGCAGAUUCAACCCUCUAAGCCAUACUUGGCUGAGUUCCAGAAGUGGAUGACUCAACAGGCAACAAAAGUCAGGGAUUCAUGUGCCCAGGUCGGGGAUGGAGACGAUGAUGUUGUCUAUCCACUAGUGAAUCGCCGUGAAUCACAGGAAUUUUUCGGCCUCAGCCAGGAACAGCGCGCUUCUCGCAUUAAGGAUUUGGUUAAAAAUCUACGUGAGACGGAAUACGGCCGUGUUGGUAAACUUAUUCAUCGGGUAUACCUUGGCCUCGGAGACUUAUUGAAUGGUCGUCGCGACGGUCUCGAGAUUCUACGCCAGGAAGAAAAAGAACAAAAUGUUGACCGUGACGGGGGCGAGGAAGAGGAGGACCCGUUAACGAGCAUCUACAACAUUAGCAACCAAGGAUGGAACUACGCUCCUUUCCUCGAGCUCCUGAGCCAUCGCACCCCCCAUCUCCGGAUCCUGGAAAUCGGUGCUGGGACAGGCGGCACUACAGAUCUGAUUCUCCGCCAGCUUGAUAGAAGCGUGGGAGAAAACAGUAUAAGCACAGCCUUCUACUCGUACACAUAUACCGAUGUAUCGGCUGGUUUCUUCCCCGCGGCGAUGCGACGAUUCCCUCAUCAUCGCUAUCCCAACAUACACUUCCAGACUCUAGAUAUUACCUCAGAUCCUGAGACCCAAGGCUUCGCACCCGCGUCAUUCGACCUCAUCGUAGCAGCCAAUGUCCUCCACGCCACGCCCGAGCUCGGCCGUACCCUAACCCACGUGCGGAAGCUUUUGCGUCCCGACGGCCGGCUUCUGCUACAGGAGAUCAGCAUGGAGGCCCGUUGGGUCAAUUUGAUCAUGGGCGUUCUGCCUGGAUGGUGGCUUGGUGGCGAGGAUGGACGCAAGGAGGAGCCGUAUGUUGCUCCAGCGCGAUGGGCCGAAGAGUUACGCAAAGUCGGUUUCUCAAACCCUUCGAUCGUGCUGGACGUCGACGAAGAGCCGUUCCAGGCCAACGCCACCAUCAUCGCAGCUCCUGCAGAGCCUGCUGCCCUGCAUGCCAAUGGCGACUUGACGUCCUCUGUCUCUCUGCUUUGCCGACAGCCAGACGGCGACCUGGCCAAGAGAGCAUCCGACGCAUUGCAGAAAUUAGGGCUGCAUAAGGUCGAGACCAUUGGUCUUUCGGAUACGCCACGAGGCACAACGGUGAUAUCCAUCCUGGAUAUCGAAGAGGAGAAGAAGGCCUUCAUCCGGGACGACACGCCCGCGGAAGAAUACAGCCAAGUUCGAGACUUUAUAUCCACCAAAAUCUCACCUCCAGAAGCCGGUGGCUGCUUGCUCUGGCUGACUCGGCCGAGCCAACUGCACUGCACUGACCCGCAGUACGCCGCCAUCGUAGGCUUGCUACGCGUAGUUCGCAAUGAAACGGGGCUCACGCUUUGUACACUGGAGAUGGAGGAGGAAGAAGGUGAUUCAGAUGCAUCCUGGAAGUCUGUCGUCGAUGUGUAUCAAAAGAUCCUGCGCACUCGCAGCAGCACACAAGCCCAAGAUGACAUGGCGAGUCCAGACUGCGAGUUCGCCUACCGACAGGGCAGUAUCUAUCUUCCACGCUUCCACUGGGUUUCUGUGUCCGAUGAGCUGGCCGCCGCCGAUCUCCAGGCCCCCAACAAGCCUACCGACAAGGUAAAUGGACAUCUACUGGGACAAGAGCAACAACAGACAUAUAAACGCCUCGAAAUCGGUAAACGCGGCUCGUUAGAAUCCCUCCACUGGACAGAAAACCGCUUGACCCUGCCUUCCGAGCUGGCAUCUGACGAAGUCAUCAUCUCCAUCCGUGCCGUGGGCCUCAACUUCAAAGACAGCCUGACAGCCAUGGGGUUGAUCCCCAGCAUCGCGAAAGCGGGAGACGGGUUCGGCGUAGAAUGCUCCGGCGUGGUCCUCGCUGCCGGUUCUCUCGCAUCCGAGACCUUCCAGGUCGGUGACCGCAUCAUGGCCGUCUCACGAAAUGCAUAUGCCACUGCAACUGUUGUGCGGGCCACCAACUGCGUCCGGAUCCCCGACGAACUAAGCUUCGAGGACGCAGCCACCAUGCCCUGCGUUUAUCCAACCGCCAUCCACGCCAUCAUCAACCUAGCAAGGCUGGAAAAGGGCCAGACGGUACUGAUUCACUCGGCCUGCGGCGCUGUGGGACUCGCAGCAAUGUAUAUUUGCCUCAACGUCGUAGGAGUACCUAUAUCCGAUAUAUACGCCACCGUCAGUAGCCCCGAGAAGACUGAGUUCCUGACGUCUACGUUCGGCUUGUCUCCGUCGCACAUCUUCCACUCCCGCAGCGCCGCUUUCCUGCCGGGAGUUCUCCGCGCUACUGAGAACCGCGGCGUAGAUCUUGUACUUAACUCCCUGUCUGGGCCUCUGCUUCACGCGAGUUGGUCAUGCGUCGCAGAAUUUGGAAGCAUGGUGGAGCUAGGGAAACGAGAUUUCCUAGACGGGGGAAAGUUGGAGAUGGCGCCUUUUGAAGGGAAUAGAACUUUCUACGGGCUGGAGCUGGUGCCAAUCAUUGAGCAGAGGACAUCUCUGUUUCGGAAAUUGCUAACUGAUCAGAUGAUGGGGUGGCAUAAGGAAGGGCUGCUGCCCCCUAUCGGGCCAGUGACGAGGUUUGAGGCCGGUGAGGUGGUGAGUGCUAUCAGGAAGAUGCAGAGUGGCAACCAUAUCGGCAAGCUGGUUGUCCGGAUGUCGGAUGAUGGAAGAGGGGAUCAUGGUGAGCUUGUUGUAAGUUCCGGGUCGAGGACGAGUACGACAGCAAGUGGAGAAGGAAAGCAGCUGUUCCGGGAAAAUGCCUCUUAUCUCCUCGUGGGAGGGCUUGGAGGGUUGGGACGGUCCAUCGCUUUCUGGAUGGCGCAGAACGGGGCACGCCACUUCGUGUUCCUAUCCCGCAGUGGAGGAGCCAAGCUAAAGGUUACCGCGCUGGUACGUUCGCUUCAAGGGGCUGGCUGCACAGUCCAGGUUGUGGCCGGAAGCGUCACGAAUCUAGGCGACGUCUCUCGCGCCUUGGGCCAGGCUCGUCUGCCUGUGGCCGGGGUUCUUCAGCUGUCCAUGGUGUUGCGGGACGGACUCUUCGCCAAUAUGUCCCACGAAGACUGGGUAGCUGCCACGGCUCCCAAGAUUAAGGGCACCUGGAACCUGUAUCACGCUCUCUCAGCUUCUCAGCAGUCAUUGGACUUCUUCGUGCUGUUCAGCUCCUUCGCUGGCGUCAUUGGAUCUCGGGGACAAGCUAAUUACAGCGCAGCAAACGUGUUCUUGGACGCGUUUACGCAGUAUGGUCGAAGCCAGGGCGUGCCGGUAGCGGUUCUCGAUGUGGGUUCCGUCGCUGACGUUGGCUUUGUGGCAGAGCAGCCGGACUUGCUUGAGUUCUUCAAGACGACAUCUCACCACAUCCUGCGGGAGCAGCACGUGCUGGAUGCUCUGGAACUGGCUGUUCGUCAACAGCAAGGCUUCCGGAAACCGCUGGCCAACGGAGUGGCAGCGCAUGCGAUCGAGGAUGAGAGCUUCGUGUCUGAUGCCCAGCUCGUCUUGGCUCUGCGAUCCACCAUCCCGUUGUCGAUGCCAAAUAACCGGAAUGUCUGGACGCGCGAUCCCCGCAUGAGCCUGUAUCGCAAUCUCGAAGCUGCGGCUGCAGACCACGAUGACAACGGUGCUAGCAACGACGAGAAGGAAGAGGGAGAGGACGCUGUUGUCCGGAAAUUGCUCACCACCAUUGAGACGAACCCGUCUGUUCUCACUGACGACGAGACUUUCAUCGUGAGCUUGGCCCGCAGCAUCACAAUUGCGGUCUACAGCUUCAUGAUGAAGCCCUACAUCGAGGACGAGGUGGACAUGAAGGUGGAGCUCACUGCGCUUGGAUUUGAUUCUCUGGUGGCGAUUGAGCUUCGCAAUUGGCUCCGACAGCGUCUGAAGCUUGAAGUGACUGUCUUGGAGAUUAUGCGCAGUGGCAGCUUGAUUGGUCUGGCGAGAUUUGGAGCUCGCAAAUGGUCGUCGGCAGUUUCUAAAUGUGUGUUCCCUACAAACUCGGAGGAAUCUGUUCGGAGGAACUUGGACCAGGUCUGCCUUGUCACUGGUUCCAACACCGGUAUUGGUAAAGAGAUUGCACAGAUUCUGUACGCAAACAAUGCCAAAGUUUACCUCGCUGCACGGUCAGAGGAGAAGACACAGAAGGCUAUGGAAAAUAUAAGGGUUUCGGUUCCCAAAAGCACCGGCAGCCUGGAAUUUAUUCGUCUUGACCUGGCCGACCUCACCACUAUCAAAAAAUCAGCAGAAGAAUUCCUAGACAAGGAAAAUGAACUACACCUUCUUUUCAAUAACGCAGGUCUAGGAUGGCCCGAGCCCGGUUCUAAGACGGUCCAGAGCCACGAGUUGCAAAUGGGUGUUAACUGCCUCGGACCCUUCCUGUUCACAAAGUUCCUUACUCCCACUCUCAUUGGAACAGCCAAGAAUUCUCCCAAAGAGAGCGUUCGUGUUGUUUGGUCUUCCUCAUCAGCCUGCGAUGGGUUGGUUGUCGACAAUUCGUUUAUGGACUAUGUGGAGCACCCCGAGAGAAAGACAGUCCACCAGCUAUACUGUACAAGCAAGAUCGGCAACUACUUUUACGGUGUAGAGUAUGCGGCUCGUCACAAGGCUGACGGGUUGAUGUCAAUCUCUCUAAACCCCGGACAUCUAGACUCUGAUCUUUGGCGCACCCAAGGCGCUCUUAAGCAUUGGGUUCUUCGAAAGACUGUUUUGCAUCCGGUGGUUUACGGCGCAUAUACAAACCUCUUUGCAGCAUUUUCCUCCAAGCUGACAAUGGAAAACAAUGGAACAUUUGUCGCUCCUUGGGGGAGGAUAUGGCAGAUGACUUCUGACAAAGUCAAAGCGGUGGUUCCAAAGGAAGAGGGAGGUUUGGGAACUUCGGCUGAGUUUUUGGAAUGGACAGAAGCCCAAGUCAAGCCUUACGUUUGA